UUCUCUUCAAGUUCUGUUUCGAAGAUGCGUUUUUCAAGUCUCUUCGUGAAUGCCGCGUUCCUUGAAGUUGGCUUGGCUGCAAGCACGACUGUAAGAAAAGUCGAUACAAGUCCGACGGGAUAUGUUGUCGACUUUGUCUUCACUCCAAAUGCCACCACUCAUCCAAAGUCCGUCCUGCUUGGCUUCCCCUUGUACUCAGAUUCUCUGCAUGCUUCGCCAUCCAUCACUGACGGCUAUUCUCCGUGGGACUGGAAGCCGGAAUACUUCUCACUGGCCCUCUUCACAAACACAGGCAGUCCGGCUACACUUGCUGGCCUUGACAUGACCUAUAAUCCAUCAUCUGGCGAUUGGGAGCUUAGUGUUCCAUUUCCUUCUGGGACGUUUAACUAUAAUUUCUAUCCCGAUUGCAACAGUACCGAUUACUUGAACUGUGCGGCAUUGACCGAUUCUUCGAAUCCACCACUCGAGCCAUACCCAGGCGAUCAACUCGUUAGUACCAUUCAAGUACCGUUCGAUGGGAAGUAUCAGGUCAGAGAUUAUGACUGGCAACUUCCACUUCCCAACGAGAGCCGUAGAGGCAAUUUCUCGUUCCAGCAAUACCCAUCUCCUGGCUCGACAUAUCCUUCCAAAGAUAUCCACGACGUGGGAAUCUAUCUCCCAAAUGAAUACGGCACCAUUCCUGGCAAGAAAUAUCCAGUGCUCUACCUCUCUCAUGGAGGUGGAGGAACAGAUGCGGAUUGGUUCAACCAAGGCCGAGCACAAAACAUUCUUGAUCGACUCAUCGACUGCGGAGAAGUAGACCCCAUGAUCGUAGUAACGCCCAACUUCUACAAUCUUGGUUUCACCAUGCAGCAAGACGCCACCAAUGGGACCAUCGAAGGCUUCGAUGUCGUGGGACUCAACGGCUUCUUCAACGCAAUCCGCGAGAACUACCUCACGAACCUCAUCCCAUGGGUAGAAUCCACCUACGCCGUCAACAGUACCCCCUCCUCCCGCGCUUUCGCAGGCCUCUCCCUGGGCGGCGGCCUCACGCUAAGCAUGCUCUUCAACGCCACCAGCACCUUCUCCUCCUACUGCAUCAUGUCUAACACGCCCUCACCUGAGCCCGACGAUCCCAUCUGGAACCAGACAUCGCUGCGCUCCGUCGGGAUCUUUGCCGGAGCGGGCUUCUACGACGCUGCGUUUGAGAACUCGCGGAAUUUCCAGACGAGGGCGAGUGCGGUGGAUCUGGCGUAUUUGAGUCAUUAUCCGAUGUAUAGCGCGCAUCAGUGGGCGACGUGGCAGGAAAUCUUGUAUGUUUAUUUGAGGAGGGUGAUUUGGAGGGACGUGCCGUAUGGGGUUGAUACAUGAGGAGAAGGGUUGGUGAAUGUGUUGAUUUGUAAAGAAUCACUUGGAUUAAAAGUGACGAGAGAACGAGAAAGAAUUUGCAUAUACAAGUAAGCACAAGAGCCUCACAGCCAAAAUCGAUUCAAAAUUGGCU